ACUGUGUGAAAUGUUACAUACAUGUGGAAUUAGGUGGAUCAGUAUGGCACCCAACAACCAAUUGCUUUAUUGAAGCUUCUCCUUGAACGAGGAGGUAUCUUUGAUAGAGGGAAAGAUCUCAACUGGAAAAACAUUAAGGAUUUAGGAUUUCUGGCAGCCAUGGGAAAGGCAGGAGGAGGGAGAAAUGAAAUUGACCCUCGGUUUCUUUCAUUGUGCUGUGUCUUCAACAUGACCUUCCCUUCAGAUGACACUGUCUACCAUAUCUACUCUUCUAUCCUAGAAGGUCAUUUUCAGAUGUUUUCUGCAGAUAUUCGUAGUCUCAUUCCCAACAUAACCAAGUCUUUACUAGCCCUGUACAAGGUGAUAAUUCAAUCACUGCCCCCUACACCAUCUAAGUUCCACUAUAUAUUUAACCUGCGAGACCUAUCUAGAGUUUGUGGGGGAUUGUGUCUUACUACUCCUGACCGAUUCACCUCUCCAGAACAGUUCAUAAGGGUGUGGAGAAAUGAAUGUCUUCGUGUCUUUUUUGACAGACUUAUUAAUGAUGAAGAUCGAAGUAUGGUCCAGAAACUACUGAAUGAGCUCUUGGAGACAAACUUUCCUGAACAGGCUGAAUAUGCUAAAACUGACCCCAUUUUGUUUGGUGAUUACCGUACGGCUUUGGAGGAAGGAGGUUCUAGAGUUUAUGAAGAUAUACAGGAUUACGAAGCAGCAAAGUCCCUGUUCCAGGAGGUGUCUCAGUUAUGUUACAUGUUAGAUGCAUGUCUUCCUCAUGACUGCAUGUCUUCCACUGUUCUGGAGUGCUACUUCCUUCAAGCCCUUUACUGGUCAUUAGGUGCCACAUUACUUGAAGAUGGAAGAGAAAAAUUAGAUGCUCAUGUGAAAGAAAUAUGUGGCCUGCUCUCUGUUUCAGAUACUCCAGAGAAACCUGCUAGAGCAGGUGAAAUUCCAACUUCAGAAAAAACACUGUAUGAGUUCUACUUUGAUGGAGAGAAGCAGGUUUGGAUAGCAUGGAACCAGAUGGUUCCAAAAUACCAAUAUGAUCCUGGGAAGAAAUUCAGUGAAAUCCUAGUCCCUACAGUAGACACUGUUCGGUCAACUUGGUUGUUGGGAUUGGUGAGAGAUAUCCACCGUCCAGCAGUUUUGGUGGGAGACACAGGCACUUCCAAAACUGCUACAAUAUUAAACUUCUUAAGACAACUGGAUCAAAACUCAAAUUUCCUGCUACCAAUGAAUUUUUCAUCAAGAACGGCUUCUAUAGAUGUUCAGCGAAACUUGGAAGCAAAUGUUGAAAAAAGAACCAAAGACACCUAUGGUCCUCCUGUGGGGAAGUGUCUUUUACUGUUUAUUGAUGACAUGAACAUGCCUCAAGUGAGAUCUAAUCACUUGUAA